CCCUUCAAAAUAGAAAAAAAAGGGAUAUAAAAACAAAUCAAAAAUUAAAAGCAGCAGCAUCUAGGGUUUUAGAGUAGAGAAGGGGAAAUCUAGUAGAGAAACAAUGUUUCCUGGGAUGUUUAUGAGAAAACCAGACAAAGCAGCGGCUUUGAAGCAGCUAAAGACACAUGCAGCCAUCUUCGGUGCCUGGGUUGCCCUUAUUCGUGUUACUCCUUAUGUCCUCCAUUACCUCUCCGAUGAUAAAGAUGAGCUCAAGCUCGAUUUCUAG